AUGCACGCUUUGAAGAAUUGGAAUCAGCAUCGAAUAAUAAAUGUUUUGCGAAAUCGAAGCAUCGAGUGGCAUUUCAACCCACCAGCCGCGAGUCAUGCAGGAGGAGUAUGGGAGCGAAUGAUCCGCUCGAUACGGAAAAUACUACGCUCGAUAUUGGGUAAUCAGUUGGUCAACGAUGAAACCCUUUUAACUGUCAUUACUGAAGUGGAGAAGAUCUUAAACGACAGGCCGUUGACUCGUGUGACGAAUGAUCCCAAUGACCUUGAUCCUCUUACUCCUAGUCAGUUAUUGUUGUUACGACCUAAUUCGAGUCUGCCAUCUACAGAUCUCGGUAAUCUUGUUCCAUAUAGAAAACGUUGGAAACAGUCGCAAUACCUGGCAAAUGUUUUUUGGAAAAGGUGGCUCAAAGAGUAUUUACCAAUCCUGCAAGAGCGACAAAAAUGGUUUCGCCCUAAGAGAAAUGUUCAAGUUGGUGAUCUAGUAUUGAUUGUUCAAGAGAAUGUUUCACGUGGUCAAUGGCCCAAAGCUUUGAUUGAGGAAGUAUUUCCUGACAAGCGUAGACAAGUCCAUCAAGUAGUAGUAAAGACUGCUACAGCCCGUAUGCGACGAGAUGUUCGCAAAAUUUGUUUACUAGAGGGCGCAAAUUAG